CCGCAUCAUGUGUCGAUCGUCUAACACGUGCUGCUAGAAAGGCUAAACUUUUCACUCGUGCUCAGAGUUGUUUGUCAUAUUAUCAAUUGUCAAUCAUAAAUUAAACCUAACUAAAGUGAAUUAGAUUAAAUCAGUAAUCAUGUCGAGACCAGAGCAUUUAGCACCACCAGACAUUUUCUAUAACGAGGAUGAAGCAAGAAAAUAUACCUGCAAUUCUAGAAUUAUUGAAAUCCAAACAAAAAUGUGUGAACGUGCCCUAGAAUUGUUACUAUUGCCGGAGAACGAGUCAUGUCUGUUAUUAGACAUUGGUUGUGGCUCAGGACUGAGUGGUGAAGUUCUUGAAGAACAUGGUCACACUUGGAUUGGAAUUGACAUUUCCAGAGCUAUGUUAGAUAUUGCAAAGAAAAGAGAAGUGGAAGGUGAUGUUAUUUUAUCAGAUAUGGGCCAAGGUUUACCGUUCAGAGCAGGACAAUUUGAUGGUGUUGUUAGUAUAUCUGCUCUACAGUGGCUGUGCAAUUUAGAUAACAGUAGACACGGUCUGAGAAAAAGGUUGGAUGUAUUUUUUUCUUCACUUUUUGCUUGUCUAAAAAAUGGCGCUAGAGCUGUUUUUCAAUUCUAUCCAGAAAAUGAUGACCAAUUGAAUCUGUUAGAAAGUGCCGCAUGCAAAGCUGGAUUUUCUGGUGGAAGAAUGAUUGAUUUUCCAAACAGUAAAAAAGCAAGAAAAGUCUUUCUUGUUUUAAUGACAGGUGGAGUAACUACUGUUCCAGUGGAUUCACUUGCUCAACAAAACAGAUGUACGGUUGGAAAAAAUAUGAAGAAUAAAAAUGGUAAAAAAGAUCCUCUGCGAGGUACCAGACGAGAUUGGAUUAUGAAGAAGAAAGACAGAUUCCGCAACAAAAAUAAAGAAGUCAAGGCUGAUUCAAAGUAUACUGGUCGCAAAAGGAGUAGAUUCUAAUUCUUUCUGUGAAUUGUUUUACUUUUCUUUAAAUCAAAAUAUGA